AUGUCGUUAACAACAUCACCUAUAAUGUCAAGGAUCGUACAAACAUCAAGAAAUCCAAAUGAUUACAAUCAAGUUAUGAUAAUUAAUCCUAAUGAAACGAUUAAUUAUGAGCCAUAUGCUAAUUAUCAAACACCAAGAACUACAUAUCGUACUUAUCAACAACCUUCUAAACCAAAAUAUCAAUAUACAAUUGAGCAGGAAAGUAAAUCAUAUCGUUGUUGUCAAUGGUGUCGAUAUUGGUGUACUCGUAAAUGUCCAUCAUGUCAUUUUUGUGAUCGAAUAGUAGCAUGUCCACUUCUAUUUUUUAUUCUUUCUGCAUUAUUCUUACUUUUAUUACUUACUGCUUUGCUAACUUUGUUUGGUUUACAUCCUAACAUUAAUUCAGCACGACGUUAUUAUGGUAUUAUCUCAACAUUAUCAAUUGUCAAUCGUACUAAAUAUAUAUAUAAUCUCGAUAGAAUUUGCUCUAGAAUAAAUGCUUCUAAUAAUUGUUUAGAUAUAACAACAUCGACAGGUAUUAAUAUUGUUGCUACAACAAUAAUAAUAAAUCGAACAAUAAUAACCAUGAAUUAUUCAUAUAUAUUACUAGUUAAUAAUUCACUUAAAUAUUUAUUAGAUAAUUUUAUUUUGAAAAUAUUUGAUUAUUGUCUACAUAUUUAA